AUGAAACUUGGAGCAAAUGAACAAAUAGCAUGGGAAAGCUGGACUAAAGCAAUUCCAGACUUAUCAGAAGUCAAAUUACCAAGAUACAUUAAACCGAAUUCAUUUGGGGUUAUUGUUUCACAAGAAUUACAUCAUUUUGGCGAUGCAUCACAAGUUGCCUAUGGAUCAGUUUCAUAUUUGAGGUUAUCAGAUGAAAACGGUCAGAUACACUGUUCAUUUUUACUUGGAAAAUCAAGAUUGUGUCCUAUCAAGACAAUAUGUUCACUUCCACGGCUGGAAAUUACAGCUGCUGCGCUUUGUGUGCGAGUGGAUAUGUUUUUAAGACGUCAAUUAAAAUUUGAGAAGAAUGUUAAGUCUAUAUUCUGGAGUGAUAGCACAGCUACUAUCCAAUCAAUUUACAAUUCGUCGAAAAGAUUUCCUACUUUCAUAGCUAACCGAUUAGCAAAAAUUGAAGAAGGUUCAGAGCCACAUCAAUGGCGUUAUGUUCCAAGUGAAUUGAACCCAGCGGAUUAUGCAUCCCGUGGAAUGACAGCAAAGAAAUUGAUUGCAAAGAAAUCAUGGUUACAAGGACCAGAAUUUCUCUACCAGAAUGAAGAGAACUGGCCACAAAUGCCAGUUAAAUUACCAGAUUUACCAUUGGAAUUUAUUGAAAAGCCAAUGAAUGUCUAUUAA